GUGCCCAGCCAGGCGUCCCUUUCUCCAGCCCCCCACAGAUCGGGUCCAUCGGAUGUCCACUGAGACCCCCUUCCCGGGCAGCGGCCCCCCGCUCCUCGCCUUAUGUUCUACGUGGGCCUCUUCUGCGUCAACCUGCUCAUCCUCUACUACGCCUUCCUCCUGGAGUACAUCGCCCUCAACGUGGGCAUCGUCUUCCUCCCUGAGGACAUGGACCAGGCCUUGGUGGACCUCGGGGUCCUCUCUGACCCGGCCCUCGGCCUCUAUGACCUGGACAGCGAGGUGGACGUACUGGACGGCUACUGGGAGUAAAAGCUGACUGGUCAAGCCAGAGCCGGACCGCCGAGGAGGGCCAGACCCAAAUGAGAAGCUAAGGAGAGGACCCAAGUAGUCUCCAAGGAGGAAAACCGGGCAUUGGACAUCCAGACGUGGCCACAAGGCUGGGCUCCACCUUCGCCAGACCUUGCCGGACUCGAGUUGGGAUGGCGGACCCUGGAUUUGGAAGGGGCCACAAAUGUCCCGCCUGGGCCAGAAAUGGAUGUCCAACUUGUU